GUUCCGGCGCCGGGCUGAGGUUUCCCCGCUACUGCGGAGAACCCGGCCAUCCCCCUCCCCUCCCCCCGCAGAGCCAGGGGCCACCGCCCGGGUCCAGUGCGCCGCUGCCGGGCUCCCCCUGCACAGCAUGUUGCCUUACACGGUGAACAUCAGGCUGUCGUCCCGGACCCUCACCGGAGCCCUGAGCGCGCAGAACAAGGGGGCGGUGGACUGGGGCUGGCAAGGUUUGAUUGCAUAUGGGUGUCAGUCCCUGGUGCUAGUUAUUGAUUCCAACACUGCCCAGACUGUACAAGUUUUGGAAAGACACAAAACUACUGUUGUCAAGGUUAAAUGGGCUAAAGAAAACUACCAUCACAAUAUUGGUUCUCCCUAUUCUUUGCGCUUAGCUUCUGCUGAUGCUACUGGAAAGAUAAUUGUUUGGGAUGUGGCAACGGGAACAGUUCGCUGUGAAAUACAGGAGCAUACAAAACCAAUCCAAGACAUGCAGUGGCUGUGGAAUCAAGAUGCUUCUCGAGAUUUAUUACUUGCAGUUCAUCCACCAAACUACAUUGUACUCUGGAAUGCAGAUACAGGCACUAAACUUUGGAAGAAGAGUUAUGCAGAAAACAUCCUUUCUUUUUCAUUUGACCCCUUUGAUCCUUCACAUUUAACUUUGCUCACCAGUGAGGGCAUAGUGUUCAUCUCAGACUUCUCUCCUUCCAAGGCUCCUGCCAGCUCGGGAAAAAAAGUUUAUAUCUCCAGUCCACAUUCCAGUCCUUCACAUAACAAGCUGAUUGCUGCUACAGGGGCCAAAAAGGCCCUUGAUAAAGUCAAAAUUUUAAUCACUAACGAAAAACCAAGUGCUGAAUCUGUAACACUGAAUGAGUGUCUUCAGUUGUCAUAUCUACCUUCCAAAAGAAACUACAUGUUAUUACUCUAUCCCAGAGAAAUUUUGAUUCUUGACCUUGAAGUGAACCAGACAGUAGGUGUAAUAGCUAUUGAAAGAACAGGCAUACCUUUUCUACAGGUAAUUCCAUGCUUCCAGCGUGAUGCUUUGUUUUGCCUACACGAGAAUGGUUGUAUAACUUUAAGAGUUCGCAGAUCUAACAUUAGUAUAACUGGUACACCAAAUGAGGACCCAGAUCCAGAUCCAGUUCAGGAGCUGAUUUAUGACUUACGAAGUCAGUCUGAUGCAAUCAGGGUAACAAAGACGGUUCGCCCGUUCAGUAUGGUGUGCUGCCCAGUGAAUGAGAACUCUGCUGCUCUCAUAGUCAGUGAUGGUAGGGUAAUGAUAUGGGAACUGAAGUCUACCAUUUCUGGCAGAAAUUUACGUAACAGAAAUUCAAGUGCAUCACCUUUGUAUUCACCUGUUGCUUUCUGUGGAAUUCCUGUAGGAUCAUUCCAAAAUAAACUUCCAGAUCUUUCAUUGGAUAACAUGAUAGCAGGACAAGGUGCAGUUACUGGUGAAGAACAGUUAAAAAAUUCUUUCUUUCAAGAAGUGCACCUCAAAUUCCUGCUGACGGGGCUUCUCUCAGGACUUCCUUUACCUCCAUUUGCUAUCCGUAUGUGUCCACCUCUAACCACAAAAAACAUAAAACAGUAUCAGCCUCUCUUAGCUGUUGGUACAAGCAAUGGCUCAGUCUUAGUGUAUAAUCUUACCAGUGGACUUUUACACAAGGAGUUAAGCAUCCAUUCCUGUGAAGUCAAGGGCAUUGAGUGGACAAGCUUGACUGGUUUUCUUUCCUUUGCCACAUCAAUGCCCAACAAUUUGGGAUUGGUAAGGAAUGAACUGCAGCUGGUUGAUCUUCCAACAGGCAGGAGCAUUGCAUUUCGUGGGGAACGAGGCAAUGAUGAACCAGCCAUUGAAAUGAUAAAGGUGUCUCAUUUGAAGCAGUAUUUAGCUGUAGUAUUUAAAGACAAGCCUCUGGAACUCUGGGAUGUCAGGACGUGUACUCUUCUUAGAGAAAUGUCAAAAAACUUCCCUACCGUGACUGCUUUGGAAUGGUCAUCUACUCAUAAUUUGAAGAGCUUGAGAAAGAAACAGCUUGCAGCCCGUGAAGCCAUGGCCCGACAGACGGUCGCAUCCGAUACAGAACUUAGCAGUGUAGAAUCUUCUGUGAUCAGCUUAUUACAGGAGGCCGAAAGUAAAUCUGAGCUGAGUCAGAACAUUUCUGCCAGAGAGCACUUUGUGUUUACAGAUACCGAUGGGCAGGUUUAUCAUCUCUCAGUGGAGGGAAAUUUGGUAAAAGACGGUGCAAGAAUUCCGCCUGAUGGAAGCAUGGGUAGCAUUACUUGUAUUGCGUGGAAAGGCGAUACGAUGGUUCUCGGAGAUGUUGAUGGAAACUUAAACUUCUGGGAUUUGAAAGCAAGAGUAUCCAGGGGGAUCCCCACGCACCGAAGCUGGGUGAGAAAAAUACGCUUUGCCCCUGGGAAAGGAAAUCAAAAAGUGAUAACAAUGUACAAUGAUGGAGCUGAAGUUUGGGACACAAAAGAGGUGCAGAUGGUAAGCAGUUUAAGAAGUGGAAGAAAUAUCAACUUCCGAAUACUGGAUGUGGAUUGCUGUACCUCAGACAAAGUGAUCUUGGCAUCAGAUGAUGGGUGCAUCAGAGUUCUAGAGACAACUCUGAAGUCAACAUGUUUUAGAAUGGAUGAACAAGUAUUAACAGAGCCUGUGUGGUGCCCUUAUCUCCUUGUUCCAAGGGCCUCAUUAGCUUUAAAAGCCUUCUUGCUGCAUCAGCCAUGGAAUGAUAAAUGUACUCUAGAUAUUUUACACAUUGAUUAUCCAGAGCAUGACAAUAUUAAAAAUCUGCUUCAAAAACAGCUGAAUUCAUUGUCCAAUGACAUCAAGAAACUUGUUCUUGAUCCUGAAUUUACUCUAUUGCAGAGAUGUUUACUGGUUGCAAGACUCUAUGGGGAUGAAUCAGAACUGCAUUUUUGGAGUGUUGCUUCCCAUUAUUUGCACAGUUUCUCUCAGGAAAAAGCACUAACUGCAAAAACUACAGAUAGUCUGCAAGAAAAAUUAAUCAACCCAUUGGAUAUAUGCUAUGACAUACUGUGUGAAAAUUCCUACUUCCAGAAAUUUCAGCUUGAAAGAGUACAUCUACAGGAGGUUAAAAGAUCAACCUAUGACCACACCAGGAAAUGUGCUGACCAACUUCUUCUCUUGGGGCAGACUGACAGAGCAGUACAACUAUUAUUAGAGACAAGUGCAGAAAACCCGCAUUACUACUGUGAUUCACUCAAGGCAUGUUUGGUCACUACCGUCACUUCAUCAGGUCCUUCUCAAAGCACCAUUAAACUGGUAGCAACCAAUAUGAUAGCAAAUGGAAAGCUAGCAGAGGGAGUGCAGUUGCUCAGUCUAAUAGAUAAAGCUGCUGAUGCGUGUCGUUAUUUGCAAACCUACGGAGAAUGGAACCGUGCAGCAUGGCUUGCAAAAGUUCGUUUGAAUUCAGAGGAGUGUGGUGAUGUCUUGAAACGUUGGGUUGAUCACCUUUGCUCUCCCCAAGUCAACCAGAAAUCCAAGGCCAUCCUUGUCCUCUUAUCACUAGGAUGUUUUACGAGAGUUGCAGAGAUGCUGCACAGCAUGAGGUAUUUUGAUAGAGCUGCCUUAUUUGUUGAGGUGUGUUUGAAGUAUGGCACAAUUGAAAUUAAUGAAGAUACAAAUAAACUAAUCCACGUGGUAUUUGCGGAUUAUGCCAGAAGCUUGAAGACAUUGGGUUUUAAGCAGGGUGCUAUUCUGUUUGCUUCAAAAGCAGGAGCAGCUGGUAAAGAUUUAUUGAAUGAGCUUAAACAACCUAAAGAGGAAGUGACUGAAGAGUGACAACUUCAUUUGUCAUAAAAAUAUAAGAUUUCCAUCAGAUGGGGCAUUUGUUAGUCACAUUUCCAAGGUUAAUGAGAUUGAUUCCAUUGUAUGAAAAUAUCCUCUCUCUUGGACCAUUACAUUAGGGAUCAUAUAGAUAUAGGAUGUUUCAUUUGGACAAGACUUUUAAAAAGAGAUAUAUGUGGAGACAAUGAUAAUAACUAGUUAAGACAGAACUUAGUUUUAAGUUAUCUCAGAUAUUUUUUUUAAAUUAUCCUCACUUCUGAGAAGAGGCAUAGAAACGUCUGAAAAAUCAUACAACUGGAAAUGCUUUUAACUUUUUGAUCCUAGGCAUAGAGAUCAAGGUUCCAGAAUUUGCUAAAAGAUUUGUUAAGUUUGAGGGAGGGCUACUUUUACUUUUUUAAGAGACCUUUAUAGACAUUUGGAAUUCAUCAUAGGUGAGUUUAUAUGCAUAAAUUAUGGAUUCUGUACAUUAAUAAGAAAAAUUAGUUAAGGAAUAAAUGUAGAUCACAAAAACAUGCAUGUCACCAUGAAAGCCAUAUGUUUUGCUCAAGCCCCAUAAUUAUUUUGGCUAAGUCCAGCGUGUUUUGACAUUCUUGAAGUUAGCUGUGAAUAUUACCUUUGAAAGCUUUAAGUACAAGAAAUCCUUAAAAAGUACUUACAAAUUUCUCCUUUUUAACUUUUCAAAACCCAUCAAAAAGUGUUUUCUUCAGCGUAUUAGUGUGGUUAUAAUUUUAAAGACAUUCCAUUCCAUAUUAUUUUAACUGUGAACCUCCUCCAUGCCUUAACGACUAAAUGCUGCGCUGCACUGUACUGUUCACUUCUUAAGAUCAAAAGAUCCUACCACACAAGCUGUAGGGCAGGAUCUUUCCACAGCAUUCAAGAUCACUAGGUGAAAGGGCUGCUAACACGCUUGCUCUUGCACCCCCUCCCCGGUUCAGGAGCUAUUGUGGCAUAGUUAGCUGUUGAAUGUGCUGCCAUCAUCAGUUGGUAGAGAAAGCAUUUUACAAAAUAACAAAGUAUAGACUUCGGUAUGUCAUUCCCUACCUUACUGUGAGGAGGGCUGGCCUGGUUGACAGGACUUAUGUAACAGAUAAUGCCUCUGGAAGCAUCUCUGCUCCUGAUUGCUGUGUCAGCCAUACAGUAUUUGAGCCUAAGCAUUGGGUAGUUUCCAUAGCAUCCUAGCUGCUUGUUUGAUCGUGUUCUUUGCAUUACUGUUGCUUGUGGCAGACACAUCUAUUUUAUGAUUGCAUUGAUUAAGAAACAUUUUACAAGAAAGGAAUGUCUGCUGAAAUAUGAUUUGCCUGAAUUGUGACAUUGCACUCACAAAAUGAAGGUAAAGGAUACUGAAACUAUGUCAGCUAAGGAACCGCUACUUUUAAAAAUCACUUAAAAUUAAGUUACUGUCGCUAACUAAUUUAAUAUAUACGAUAUUGUAAAGAAGCAUAUCACUUAAAUCUUCAAAGUGGUAGUUCAGCUGUUGUUUUGACUUGUUUUGACUUGCGUUACACACUAAAAGUAACAGAACAUAAAAUUUCUCCAUAUAUCUCCAUAUUUGUUUACAUCUCUAACUCCAGAAAUGUUUUUAACUGUAAGCCUAUGUGGCAUUUAUGAUAAAAUUUCAAUACAUCGUGGGUUUUAUACAAAUAGAAAAUCUGAGUUUCAUUUCUAUAAACAGGAAACUGAAUGUUUUAACUAUAAUGUAUCUGAUUUCUUCCUGCCACAUGUUCCACAUACCAUAAUGUACAUUCCUUUAGUGUAUUAUAAACAAAGUACAUAUAAUUAUGUUAGCUUCGAAAAAUAUAUACAACAAAAUUUGCCUUAAGCAUUUAUUUUGCCUAACUUGUAGUUGAAUAAAAGUUAAUGUAACUACUAAGGACUAAAUUCUGGCAAAUUUACUUACACUGAGUAUAUCCAAAAUUACUCAUGUUCUUUUCAGUGUUAGUAAGCGUAGCAGAAUCUGUCCUUAGACAAAUCCCCAUAGGCCUUUCUCAGUAAGUCUGAAAAAAUUCUGCAUAUGCUUUAGUGUACAGUUUUAAAUCUGUGAUUUCAUGUUAUAAAGAAAAAAAACUUAUUGAAAAGGCCUUACUCCUGCUGGAUGUGUUUCUACGUGCUUCAUUUUUAAGUCUGAAGGUUGUACAUCUUGCACAAUGUUAUCUGUUUUCUGUUAUCUUUAUGCACAAAUUAUGGACAGUGUAAAAAUCAUUCCUAAAAUCCAUUUGGAUAUGAACACAGUCACAGAAUGUAAUUAAAAAAUAUUCUGAAAACCACUGUGUUGUGUUUGAUUUAAUUCAAAAAUAUUGCAAUCACUAUACUUGGCCAAAUGCCGACUGUGUCUCCUUUUUCAUUUUCUUUUUCCUUAUUAUUAUUUUAUUUUAUUUUUAUUUUAUUAUAAAGCCAUCCAAGGUGGAUUACUGAUCAGGACUACUUUUGGUGAGGGAAAAUAAAGUUCAGCUUCAUGCAUAUUAGUCACAUUAUGGCUGAAAAUUUUACUUUUGAUUGGUAUUCAUAAACUUACUCUUUUAUUAGCAAAAAGAAAAAAAAAAAAA